AUGCGCUUUGCAUUUGUCUUCGGUGCCAUCGGCACCCUCAUUUUGCUUCCUCUCAGCCACUGUCAGCCGCUUGGUCCUAGCUGCAGUCAACUACAAGAGGUUCCCCCCAAUGACGAAAACAUCUUUCGCAAUGAGAGACUAGAUGGCAUGCGCAACUCUAUCGAAUCCUCGAGCGAUCUGAUACACCAAAAGGAAGAUGAGGAAUGCGACAACUCUGACAAGUCCGACGAUUUACUUGAUUCUACUCUGUCAACUGACAUCCGUCCUCUAGAGCACUCUGUCGGUAUUGUAGGCUGGCUAAAGCUGGAACUGGUAGACAAGCGACCGCCUAAGGUUUGCCUACUGCUCUUUCGAUCUAGUGGUAGGCCCUUUUGGGGCAUCGCGAUUACGUUUUCUGUUCAGUUAUCCAGUGCAGUUACAACGUUGGGGUAUGAUGGCUUUGACCUCAGCGACACGGGUGACAUCUAA